CUCCGCCCACUCGUCGCGUGGUCCCACCCACUCCGGCUUCCAGGUCCGUGCGCCCGCGUUAAGAAGCAAGGGGCAGCAUCAGUGGCGGCUGCGGCGGUAGCAGCAUCAGCAGCAGCGACCGGUGGCAACAUCAGGUGUGGGGGGGGGGGCAAGGCAUCAUUAGGAAACAGUCAUAGAAUAACUCGAAGCAGCAGCAGCCGCACAAGCAGAACGUAGGUGCAGCGGGUAGAGUCAACACCGUCAGCGAAAGCGUAGGAAGAAGAAGAAGCAGCAGCAGCAGCCUUUGGCAUCUACAAAGUGAUGCCUGUUCAUGCGUCCAGAUUGCGCGGACGUCGAUAUUAAUACAGCUCGGGGCAUUCGGUAAUGAUUCAAGUUGUGUUUUAUUUUAGUAAUGUUACCCGUACGUUCAUGCUCGCUCUAGCCGCGACGGUAGUUCCCAGGGUAAUUCAGCAAUCGCAAACAAACCAAAAACAGCGGCAUCUCUAUUAAUCGCCGCGCAGUCACGAGUGUCAAUGCGUGGACCCGCAGAAGAAGUGUCACUGUCGGCUGUAAUUGCCGUAAGGAAUUCACAUUAAAUCCGGCCAUUACAUUUGGUUAUUAAUUAACUCGCCAUGGCAACGGGCAUGAGCUGGCAGUAUUACAACAGUGGAGGAGGUGGCGGUGGUGGAGGAGGAGCGGGGUCGACCCGAAUCGCCGGGACCUCCCUCGAGUACGGGCAGGAGAUGCAUCUCAAGAUGAGCAAGAAGAUCGCCCAGCUCACCAAGGUCAUCUACGCGCUCAACACCAAGAACGACGAGCACGAGGCGGCCGUGUCGGUGCUCCGCGAGGCGCACGCCGAGGAGAUGCAGCAGUUCGCGGCGGAGACGCGGCACCGCCUGCUGCGCUACCAGUCCCGCCUGGGCGUCGAGUCGGAGCUGCGCGAGAAGGCCCGCUCGCUGGAGGAGGCGCUCGCCAGCGAGGGGAGCCUCCGGCGACAGGCCCAGGAGCAGCUGGAGGCCUACAGGCGGCACGUGGAGGAGCGCGACGCCGGCCGGGACGCCGAGCAUGCCGACCGCAUCCUGGCCCUCUCCACGCAGAUGCUCGACAUGAAGCGCGACUUCGAGGCCAAGAUCCUCGGCUUCACUUCGCUGCAGAAACGGCUGGAGGAGGAGAAAGAGGCGGCCCUGGCGGAGGCGCGGGCCUCCCACGACCGCGCGCUGCAGGAACUGGAGCAGGGCCGCGACGCCGAGCACAGCCAGAUGGCCGCCGAGUCGCACGCGCGGGCCGAGCGCGAGCACGCAGAGGCCGAGCGGCUACGGGCCGAGGGGGAGCGUCUGCGCGGGGAGACGGAGCGACUGGCGUCCGAGGUGCGGCGUCUGGAGGGCGAGCGAGAGGCGGGCGAGGCCGAAGUGCGUGCCGGCUACGAGCAGCAGCUGCAGGAGCUGCGCGGCGCCAAGCACGAGAGCCGGCUUGCCGAGUGGGAGGAGCACGAGCAGCGGCUGCACCAGGAGUUCCAGGCCCACGCGGAUGAGCUGCAGCGUGGCUGGGAGGCACGGGAGGGCUCUCUGCGGGGCUUCAUGGAAAAGCAGCGGGCCGAGCUUCAGCUGAACCAAGCACAAGUCGCCACCUUCAGAGAGCAGGGGGAGCAGCUGCACAGGGACCUCGGGCUCGCACACGAGGGCAAACAGGAUGCGGAGAGACGCCUGGCAGAAGCCCGGCAGGAAGCAUCCUCCUCUCAGGCCCGGCUCGCUGACACCCAGAGGGAGUUAGCCACUGUCCGAGACCAGCUACAGGACCAGGCCGCUCAGCUGCUCAGCAGAGCCAAGCGGAUUGGCUCUCUGGAGGCCUCGCAGAUGGCCGACCAUGCGAACAUACGGGACCUGGUGGAGCAAGCGUCCCGUCUGCGUGAGAAGCUGAGCCAGGCCGAGGGCGAGCGGACAGUUCUAAAGCAGCAUGAGACGAUGUUGCAUUCGCUGGAGAGCGAAAAGCGUCUGCUGAGCGAGCGGCACGAGCGGGAGCUGGCGCGCGCACGUGAGGCCGCGGCGGAGGAGCGGCGCGCCCUGGAGGAGCGGCACCGCGCCGACACGGACGCCGCCGCGCUACGGGACCGGCAGCUCGCCGAGGAGGCGCACUGUGCCGCGGAGGGCGCUACGCGUGCCCUGCGACAGGAAUUGGAGGAGAAGAUGGAUCAGCUCAGGCAGCAGCUGGACACAGAGAGAGCCCAACUUCAGGAGCAGAACAGCGUGCACGAGCAGCUCACUGCUAAACUGCAGUCUGCCAACCAGGAGGUGUCACGGCUGGAGGAACUGGUGCGCUCCGGCGAGCAGGGCCUGGGCUCAGCCACGUCCCACAUCGCCGGGCUACGCGACACCGCUGAGAAGCUGCAGCGCGAGCUGGACGCCGCUCGCACGGAGCUGCACAACUCACGAGCCACGGCCGCCACCCUCCAGAAAAAGAUUGAUGAGCAGAAGCAGGAGCAUCAGACUAAGGUCUCCACACUACAGGAGGACAGGAAAAUCAAGCUGGAGCAGGUGACUCGGGACUUGGAGCAAAAAUGGGAGGCGACUUUGAGGUCCAAGUGCGAGCGGCUGCGCGAGGAGCUGGAGGCGCAGCACGCUCAGAGCAAGCGCACGGCGCUGGAGCAGCUGAGCCAGGUCAAGGACCAGGAGCUGGCGGCCACGCGCGACGGCUGGCAGCGCAAGAUCCAGGACCUUCUUGACCAGAGAAAAUCUCUAGGGGAAAGCUUGCAGAAGGCGAUUGCCAACAUCUCACUGCUCAAGCAGAACCUGGAGCUGCAGCUGACGCAGUCGCAGGACUCGCUGCAGCGCCUGCAGGCGCAGUACGGCCUGGAGAGGGAACGCACACGCGAGCACCUUGCUGACGCCCAGCGCGACUACGAGGAGCGUGUGGCCGCCAUCGAGGAGAGACACCGGGCAGCCGCGCAGGCCGCGGAGGCCCAGAGAUUGCGCAAAAAUUCCGAGCUGGAGGAGCGUCUGGGUCGGCAGCGCGAGGAGGCCCUGGCGGCACUGCGGAUAGAGCAUGGCACUGCAGUGGCAACCCUGCUCGAUCGCACCCACGGCGAGCUCAGCGCGGAGCGGGAGCGCUGGCGGGAGAAGAAACAGAGGGAGCUGGAGGCGCUGCGCGUGGAGCUGUCCCAGCAGCACGUGGCCAGCAUGGAGCGGGCGGGAAGUGCGCACCAGCAGCAGCUGGCGGCCAUCCGUCUCGAGCUUGAGCAAGCGCGGACAGCUGCCCGCCUAAAGGAGGAGGAGCGUGCACGCCUGGCCGAGAGGCUGCGGGAUGAGGGGCAAAAGCAGGAGCGGUUGUUGGCUCAGCUGGAGGCUGAGGUGGCUCGGCUGCGGGGUGACAUUGCCAGCAUUUCCAGGGAGCUGGAGCUCAAGGGGCAGGAGGUGCUGAAGAUCAGGAGUGAAACUAACCAGCAGAUCAGGGUACAAGAGCAGGAGUCUGGCAGGAGGCUGGAGAUGGAGAUGAACCGAUUGAAUGCGGAUCACCUGCGCAACAAGCAAAGCAUGCUGGGAGACUUCAACCAAGCCCAGGAGCUGCUCAAAGACAAGAUUUCUGUAUUAGAGAUCGCGAUCGAGGAGGCACAGGAGCGGUACGAGCGGAGGGAACCUCGUCCCGAGGACCUGACGAUCAUCUCGGAGCUGCGGGCAUCUCUGUCCGACCGUGAGCUGCUGAUCAAAAAACUUGUGGAGGAGAAGAAGUUUUACCAGCUGGAGCUGGUGAACCGGGAAACGAACUUCAACAAGAUGUUCAAUGCUAACCCGACUGUUGGGGUUAUCAAUCCUCUCAUGAAGCAAAAGAAGGGCUCGGAGAAGCUGCCCAACCGGUUCACGAGCGCGCCAAACCUGAGCCAGCUGGAGGCAGCGCACUCCAGCUUGGCGGCAGGCAACGCCGUCAACCAGGGCGGCGGUAGCAUGCUGCCGACAGCCUUCUCCAAUGGGCCGAGCCGGCUCAGCCCCAUCCCCAGCCUGCCCACGCACGAGCGAGCGUUCCCGCUUGCGCGCCCGCUCCCUCCGCCCGCAGCCAUGGUAUCGGGCGACCACAAGAAGUCGCUCAGAUUCCGGGCGGUGCCCCCAGCGCUGCCCGUGUGCUGGGAGGCUGAGCCGAAUUCCCCUGCAUCCUGACCCUGCGCUUUGUUUGUCCGUUGUGAAGACGAGCUUGCACGUGUGCCCUGCACACCAUUAACCUGGGCUCCCAGCCUCCAUAACAAGCACUAUUAUAUGUUUUGUGAAACCGCAUUGGCAGUGAUGGACAAGCACAAAUAAGAAACAAAAAACUCGAGAUAUUCGUCAACAAAACUGCCUUAAAGUGGGAAAAAAUAACGUUUUUGGCAAUGGCCCUUCUUCAAGAAGGGUCAUUGCUUGAAAUGUCACCUUUAAAGUGUGUUUUUCCCUUUACAGGGCAGUUGAGUUUUUUGUUAUUUUAACAAGCACUUGCUUUGCUCAUCAAAUUUAGUCAAACUCUGGAACAGUUACAAGCAUUUGACUAUGAGUGUUCGUUCAAAUGAAAGACACUUUUGCAAGUCACGUAUUUUUUUAGCAUGUCUUCCAUUGGGGGUUUCAAUGACCCAAUAAAAGGUGCAUGUGAACGGGUCAAGGUUAAACCGUGUUAUCUUAGAACCACCCCCUUAAGUUUCUGCCAAAAGAGGAAGCACUACAAAUAUUUUAUUUGCUUUCAUGCCUGAGUGUGCAUGUGCAUGUUUAAACAUCAAAAUGAUGUUUUACUGUGAUUCGCAUUAUGUGAAUUACAUUGUCUAAGCUCAUUCACCUUUUAUUGCUUCAUAAAUUAACAGAGUAUGAAGCUUGUAAAUUAUUAUUUUAACUAUCUGAAUGAUUUUGAUAUGCUACUGUAUUGAAUGUUGUAACUUUGCACAAACGUUAGCUAGCUCUAAACCUAUUCACCUCUUUUUGGGUUGGGUUUUUUUAAACAAAAAAUUAUUUGACUACCCCAAAACACAUUACACUCUACUAUGGUAUGCAAAAGUGCCUGUUUGGGAGUUUGUUAAUGCAUGUGGUUUGAUAAUUGCUUUUUCAAUAAACUGCAAGGGCAUGAACAGCUUGCAAGGUGUGGCUGGUGUUUUUUUUCCCCCUCACUCAUUGGUUUUAAGGUGACAAUUAAUUUUAACUCUUGCUCGGUCUUCUACUCAUUGCACAAGUUAAUAUCGAUUAAUCAAGUCGUGGUGUGUAACACUAUGCCGUCGUCAUGCUAACAUGCUACAAAGCUAUGUUUUAAAAAAUAUAUAUUGUUUUUAACCGGAACGUGCUGUGUUGGUGCAUACACGUGGUCUGUCUUUACUCCCCUUUCGUUUUUAGCUCCAUCCCGGAUGAGGCCGCUCUGGAGGUUGGAUGUGACCCGCAGCGCGAGGAGUGGUUUACACGUUAUUUCUCCUUCUGAACAGUGCGCCCACCAGCUGCCGCCCAGCAUCAGCAGGGAUUUUCCACUUUUUUCUACGUGGUUUAAUCCCCAAGCAUGAACUACAACAGUGUUCAUCGGGGGCUGUAAAUAGUGUAAAAAAAAACUAAAGAUGCGUUGAAAAAUGUGUUAAUAUAAUAAAAUUGUCAUUUUGAUAAUAUGUGCAGUGUUACGCUCAAGUGAAUAGAACUAGUAUUGUUACAGGACGUGUAUGUUUAAAAUGUUUUACAUAAUGCUGUAUUGAAAACCUUAAAGGACUUUAUUCGUUGCCAGACAGUAUUAUUGCUUCGUCGAUCAUUGUAAUGUAUGUGUGUUUAAUCUAACCACUUGAAACAACAAUAAUGCAUACAAAAUACUUAUAUUUAUAAAAACACACUGUAAUAUUUGGUGCAUGUACACAUGCAGAUGUCAUUGUGUAUUGUAUGAUGUCCAGGGAUUAAUUUCAGCCAGGUAUGUCUGGGUCAACGAUCCAGGAGAUGAUUCUGCAUAUGCAUCCAGCAUACUUCUCUGUGACCAUGACUACUAGCCUAUCACGUAACCACUCCAGUCUACUAACGACCCAGACAAUAUUCAGUGAGAAAAAAUGUACAUAAUGCUGUAAUAUAAUAUUCCGUGAGAAAUUUAGCCCUGCUGAUGCCUUAAGUCAUGUAUUUUCCUAGUUUGAAUUCAGCACAACUCAUAGAUGUAAGCUGGUCUUCUGCAUCGACGUUAGGUGAUCCACAUGGAGAUGGGUAUCUGACAUCAGUUUAUUUCCAAUAUAGUAUACACACUACGGUACACUUCACUGAAGUUACUAGACUGUUUGAUUUUGAUGCUAUACCUUCAAUGUUUUGUACAGCUGACAUUUAAUAUUUCCUUAAAAUAGAAUGUUCGAAAUUAUGUUUUGCUGUGAACUACUAUAGAAGGAUAACUAUGCAGUGGUAGGAAUUUAAAUGCUUGACGUUUGCACAUUAUUAGGUGGGUGCUCUCAAUUGAAUGCCAUAGCAAAUAUUUCUUGUUGCAUUUGAUGCUUUGUAUGAAGAGAAAACAAGCGUGCUACUGCCAAGUCUACUGACUAUGAAAUUUAAUGUCAAUG